AUGACACCAGGGUACAGCUCAGAGGAGGGUGUCCGAGGGAACCAGAAGAGAGUGGCAUGCCUGCUGCUUAUGCAGCUAGAAAAGGGGUAUGACAUGCCUAGGUUGGAGGACACCAUCCUGGGCCCUAAGGCCACCAGGGAAGAUCGGGCACUGACUGUGCACGGGGAAGGCCCACAGGCUUCGCCCACUCCCGUGCCUGCCCGAAUCCGUGAGAUUGUAGCCAGCAGCCUGGGCGAGGAGCAUCUCCAAGGAGUGCAGGAGCCACCAGCCACCACAACCCACGUGCAGGAGGAAAGUGAGCUCUUACAGGAGGAGCUGGCCCGGCUGGAGGACCUGCUGGCCCAGGCAGGCGUUGAGCGGGAGGAGCUGGCCAGCAGGUACCGCAUGGUCAGUGAGCGGCUGCAGGCCAGGCUGCAGACCACCGAGGCUCGGCUGCGGAGAUCAGAGCUGGAGCACAGUGUGAACCUGGAGGAGGUUCUUGGCCGCUUGGAGGCCUCAGAGCAAAGGAGCACGGGCCUUUCCCAGGUGAACACCCUCCUGCGAGAACAGCUGGAGCACAUGAAGAAGGCCAAUGACACACUGACCCAGGAGUUGGCCAGGACGACGGGCAGCAUGUUCCAACUGCAGAGAGAGCUGGAGCUGAGGGAGACCCAGCGGAUGAGCCUGAGGGAGCCCCGGAUCUUCCUCUUGCUGUGGAGACAAGCCACAGCCCUACAAGCACACCUGGCAGAGCUGCGGGCAGUCACUGAGAGGGGUCUUGCCGACAUGCGAGCAGACACUGGCAGGACCGCCCGGCACCUGCACACAGCCUGCCUGAACCUCGCCACCAACCUGCAGCUGGCAGCCAACAGCACAGCCUGCAACCUGGAGAAGCGUCUUCGGGAACAGACUGGGGAGUUGCUACGGCUGCAGGGCCACUGGGAUGCCGAAAAGGUGGCACUGAAGGCCAGACUCUCAGAGCAGACGCUGCUAGUGGAGAGACUCACAGAAGAAAACGAGCAGAGGGAAAGGACCAUCACAUCCCUCAAAAUGGGCAUCCAGAAACAGGAAACCCGGCACAGUGGAGGCCAGCUGGCAGUGGAUGACCUGGGGGAUGAGGUCACAUCCUUGCGGCGCGUUCUGACCAGCAUCACAGAGGUGGCCCAGGCAGACCUCAAGUCCCCAGAGCUGGCGUGGAGCAGCAGCACUGAAGACAAGGAGACACAGAACCAACUAAGGAGCUCCCCACGUGCCAUAUCCCCACCCUGGGGGGCGUCCCUGUCCAGGGCCCUCUCCCCAGCCAGCCUGGAUCCUGCUCUGUGGGUUGUGCAGGCAGCCAUUGACAGGCGGCGACAACGGGAACAGGAGCUGUACCUGAAGUUGGAGGCCUCCCAGUUGGCAGUGACUGGGCUCCAGAAGCAACUAUCUGAGUGUCGACAGGAGCUGCAGGCCUCCCAGAGGCUACUACAGGACCGGACACAAGAGCAGGAGGACCUCCUGGGCCAGCUGGAGGCCCAGAAGCAGGAGACAUGGCACUGCCAGGCAUCCACCAAGCUCUUGGGAAGGGAGAAGGUGGCCCUGGGGACAGCAGCAGAGGAGCUAAGAGCAAAGGCAGACAUCUGGGAUGCAGAGAAGCAAAGGCUGGAGGCAGCGAAUGCCGAGCUGUGGAGAAGUCUCCUGCUGCGGGAGGAGCAGAAAGUGGAGCUGGUGCAGCAGGGUGCGAGGAGUCAGCGUGAGCUGGAGGCCAGCCAGGGGCGCCUGGAGCAGCUGGAGGAGAAGGUGUCUGGGCUGAGGAAGCAGCUGGUGAAGGCCCGGGAGGCACUGAACACCGCACAGCUGCAGAGGGACGUGGUGGAGAGUGAGAGAGAGAGCUUAUGUGGUGCCCUGGCCCGGGCUGAGUCCAGCAACUCUGAUCUGGAGCUGUUGGUAACACGACUAAAGUCAGAGGGGCAGGAGCAGCGGGACACCCUGGCCACAAUGGCUGCCCUGAUGGAAGGGCUGGCCCAGGACAAAGGCACCUUGAAUCACCUGGUGCUCCAGCUGGAGCAGGAACGGGACCGACUGCGGGAGCAACAGAAGGUGGUAGAACAAGAGCGGGCAGGUGCCAGGGAGCAGCUGGCACAGGCAGAGCAGCAGCUGGAGCGCAUGGGGGCCAAGCAGAGGAGCCUGAAGGAGGCCUGUGGACACCUAGAGCAGCGGCAGGAGCGGCUGGAGGGGCAGGCGGCUCUGCUCAGGCGUGAGAAGGCUCAGCUUCAGCAGCAGGUGGGCCAGGUCACCCGCAAGAAACAGGCCCUAGAGGAGCAGCUGACACAGAGCCUGCAGGACCAGGAGGCCCAGAUGGACACUCUUCAGAAGGCUCUGCAGGAGAAGGACACCUUAUCUGAGGAGAGGGCCCGUCUGUUAGCCAAGCAGGAAGCCCUGGAGAGACAGGGCAAGUUUAUGGCUGAAGAGGCAGCUGAUCUCAGGGCUGAGAGGGACUCUCUGGAGAGCAACCUCUUUGAGGCCCAACAGCUGGUGACACAACUGCAGACCCAGAAGGAGCACCUGGAGAGAGAGGCCAAGAGCGCCCGGCUCACUCGGCAGGCUUUGCAAGUGGAAAUGGAGCAGCUAAAGAGUGACUGGGAGGUCCGGGAGACAGAGCUGCAGUGGGACAUGGGGAGGCUGCAGCAGCAGGUGGCCCAGCAGGAACGGGAUGCACAGCUGGCCCUGCAGAGCCAGGAGUUGGCCCACCGAGAAGACUUGGCCCAGCUCCAGAGAGAGAAGCCUCUCAGUCUACCCCUGGCAGAAGAGAAGGAGGUGGCCACACAACAUCUGGAACAGGAGAGGAAGCUGGUGGCAAAAAGUGCAGCUGAGAGGGAAGCACUGGAGGAGGAGAUUCAGAGCCUGAAGCAGGAGCGGGAUGAGAGCCUCCUCCAACUGGAGCACGAGAUGCAGCGGGCACUGUCCCUGAAGGAAGCAGAGAGGAUCCUACUGAGCGACAAGCUCUCUGGGACUGUGCGGGAGCUGGAGCAGGUGCGACAGGAGGCCCAGAGCCAGGAGGCACAAGCUGAGGUCACCAUCAGCACCCUGACCAAGGAGUUGAGGACCCUGCAGGUCCAGUUCGAGGAGGCCAUCUCUACCCACCAGAGAGAAACUGCAGCUUUGAGUGAGAGGCUCCGGGAGAUGGCAGCUGAGCGGAGCAAAGUACAAAGAGAGGCAGAGGUGCUGCGGGCACAGCUGAACGUGGCCCAGGAAGGGUUGGCUGAGCUGCACCAGGAACUACAGGUCAGCGAGGAAAGCCAAGAAAGGCUGCACAGGGAGGCCCUGGAGGCCCACCGGAUACUGGAGGAUGAGGUUCGAGAGAAGAACGUACUGCAUCACUCCAACACGGAGCUGCGGGCUGCCAUCCUCAGGGCUGAGCAGGAGAAGGCCAGUUUGAAGCGAUCCAAGGAAGAGCAGGAGCAGAAGCUACUGGUGCUGGAGGAGGCCCGGGCGGUGGCUCGGAAGGAGGCCUGCACGCUGAGGGCCAGGUUGCAGGAGCUGGAACGGGCGCGGGGAGACGCCUGCCGGGAGCUCCAGGAGCGCCGCAGACAGGUGAGGACCCUGGAAGAGGAGAACCAGAGGAAGUGCCAGGAGGUGAGCACACUGCAGGCCCGAGGCACACAGGAGACAGAGCGGUGGCAGCAGAGCCAGCAGGAGGCACUGAAGCUGCAGAGGCAGGUGGCUGAGGCUGAAGCUGCCCGUGACGGCACCCAGAAGGAGGUCCUGGGGCUGCAGAGGAAAUUGGCAGAGGCAGAGGCCGCAGGCGAGGCCCAGAUAAAGAAGCUGGAAGGGCGCCUCCGUGAGAGCCAGGAGGCUGAGCAGACCCUGCAGGCCAAGGUACACAGCGUCACCAGGAGGCUACAACAAGCCAGCAGCCUGGCCAACAGCCUCCAGGCUCGCCUUGAUGGUGCCUGUAGCCGGGUGGACAGCCUGGAGCAGGAGCUGGCCCAGGCCAAGGAUGCCAGACGGAGUGCAGAGGCCCAGCUAGGCCAUCUGUGCUCUACUCUCCGCCAUGGCCUGGGGCUCUGGAGCCGGAGCCCAUCAACCUCUCCAGAGCGACCCAGCUCCCCCACAAGAGGCUCUGACAACUCUCAGGCUCGCCCUGGGCAGCGGAGUGCCAGCCCCCACACCAGGCCCCAUUUGCCACUCCGAUGUCCCUCACCUGCACCCGGAGACCAUGAGCCAGAAGUCAUGGAUGUGACCUUUGUGCAGGACGCCUUGCGAGACUUCCGGCAGAAGCUUUGGGAUGCCCAGCAGGAGCGGGAUAACUUCCGUGUCCAGGUGGCCAGUCUCAGCGACCAGCUGACUGAGGUGGAGAGCGAGCGUGCCCGAGUCCAAAGCCACGUGGGGCAGCUGCAAAGGGACCUGGCUGAGGUGGAGGAAGACCGGCACAGGUUGGAGAGCAUGCUGAGCAGUGCCCAGGCAGCACGGGCCCUGCAGAAGGAGGCGCUCCAGAGUCUGGAGGCUAAGAACCUGGCAAGCACACGGUCUGCAAGCCAGGAGAGGCGGAGGCUGCAGGACCAACUGGACACACUGCACCAGGCCCUGGAGGAAAGCAGAAGGCACAGCCAGGGCCUGGCCAAGAAGGGGAGGCUCCUGGAGGAGCAGCUUGCUAGCCUGCAGCACAGGCAGCGCAGAGAUCAGGCCGAGAGGCGGGCCCUGCGGGAGCAGACAACAGCACUGCGCACAGAGCGUGCUCGUCUGCAGGGGGAGCUCACAGCGCUGCAUGCUCGCCUCAAGCAGACGGAGCAGGAAACCUUGAGGAGGGAGGAGGAUGCAGCCAGGCUAGGAGCCGAGAAGGAGCAGCUGGACCAGUCCCUGAUCAGCCUACGACAGGAGGUGGCUGGGGCACUGAAGCAGAGCCAGCAGCUGCAGGUUGCCAGACUAAAGGAGCAGCUGGACCAGGAAGUACAGCGGCAGCAACAGGCCCACCUCUGCCAGGCCUUCCAGGCCAGGCAAUGA